UCCGCCAAUCACGAAUCGCCACAUAGACUAGCCACGUGACACGUGGAUCAUCCUGUUUCCCCUUCUCAGGGCACGCGCCAUAAUCAAGAGCCGCAGACGGAUAAGCUCUGUUACAAAAGGAGACUCUCUCUCUCUCUCUUUCUCGUAUCGUUCUGCAACGUCUGGAUGAGCUUCAGAUCUUCACGAGUUGACCCAGUUAUCUGAAAUCGGGUUACCGAGUUUUCGAGCGUAGAAUUCAACACUUCGAUUGGAAAAAAAAUGGAGAUGAAGGAGGCAGAAAGAGUGGUAAUAGCUAGACCGAUUGCCUCGAGGCCUUCGUGUUCGGGUUUCAGGACGUUUACGGAGCUUCUGACUAAGUCAGUUAACGUCUCUCCACAAAAGAUUUGCCCUGAAACCGUUGUUGUUUCGGCUAUAAAGCCGAAGACUCUAAGGUUCAGACCGUCGGGGAAUGGCGAAGCUUCGGCUAUGUUUUCUCGGGGCCAAGUCUCUGCUAACGGUAACGAGAACAAGCUUGAAGAUAACAGAAACUAUGUUGUCUAUAAGCCUAAAGCAAAGGUUGUGUCCAAGGCGACGAUCUCGGCUUUGGCGAAUAUGCUUCAGGGGAAGGUAAGUGUAGAUCUUCAAGAACCCUUGAAACAGACAGAAGUGUUCCUGCAGACAUGGAGCCGCCAAAACAGACAGAACCAUCCUUGUCCGAAUCUUGUUCAGAAAGUUCCAAACUUUUCGGAACUGAAUGCUAGAUCUUCCGAAACAUCGAGGGGAGAUCGGUCUUGUCUCGACGGGUAUAACUGGAGGAAAUACGGGCAGAAGCAAGUGAAAGGGAGCGAGUGUCCGAGGAGUUAUUACAAGUGCACGCAUCUGAACUGUCCAGUGAAGAAGAAGGUAGAGAGAUCAUUAGACGGCCAGAUAUCAGAGAUUGUGUACCAGGGUGAACACAAUCACCCGAAACCUUGUCUUCCACCCCGACGAAGUUCCUCAUCAGCCUCGCAGAAAUUAGGGUUUGCUUCUUCGGGAUCGCCCCAUCAAGAGCCUCUGGUCUAUUCCCAGUGGAGGAAUCGUCAUCAGUUCAGCGGGAGAAACGACUGGUCUGAAGGUAGGGUGGAGAACAGGAAAGGGGUAAGUGUUUCGGCGAAUUCUGAAUUCGCUGUCCCGAGGGCGGGAAACUCAGCUGCUGGAGCUUCGGAUUCUUGUUGUCGGAGCGGCGAGUGUGAUGAAACUAGCAAAGGAUUUGAUGGAGAGAUUGAUGACCCCAAAUCAAAGAGAAGAAAGAACGAGCAUCAAACCAGCGAAACUGGCGUUUCAGAGGACUGUUCAGGAGAACCGAGAGGACAAUCUCAGGGUUCAGUGGACUCGGAUGCUCUCGAAGACGGAUUCCGCUGGAGAAAGUACGGACAGAAAGUCGUCGGAGGAAAUCCAUUCCCCAGGAGCUACUACAGAUGCACGAGCACGAAUUGCAGAGCAAGAAAGCACGUGGAGAGAGCGUCUGAUGAUCCGCGAGCUUUCAUUACAACCUACGAAGGCAAACACAACCACCAGAUGCCCUUCAGGCCGCCUUCUUCGCUUCUUGAACAUUCCAAGUAGCUGCUGCCAAGAAGAUUCCGGAAUCUUCUAGAAGUUUAUAUAUAUGAGAAACAAAAAAAAACUUGAGAGUUUCAUUCUUGGGCGAAAAUGUUUGCUUUGUCUGCAUUAUUACAGUAGGUCAAAACAUUGAUUUAUAUGUGUUUUUCAUUUCAUGUUGUUUGUAAUAUUUCCUCUCAAGAUUUGAAAUUAAUUUCAAGGAUAUAAAAUCUUCAACUGUUUUUAUAUAA